AGGAUCGAGGGGUGGGGUUAGGGGUGUGGGGAUGGAGGGUGCGGGUAAGCGUAGGGGCGGGGGAGGGAUAGGGGCUUGGGGGUAGGGGUAGCGGUGAGAGGGAGUAAGGGCGCAAGGCCUCUCUGCACCAGGAUUCGCGCUUCGCCGUGCCCCAGUCCGUGUCUCCCACUGUCUCACCCAUGUCUCCGUCUCUCCCCCUGUCUCACCCAUGUCUCCGUGUCUCCCACUGUCUCACCCAUGUCUCCCCCUGUCUCACUCCUGUCUCCUCCUGUCCGUUGUCCGCGUCUCUCUCCCCCUGUCUCACACCCCCGUCUUUCUCUGUCUCUCUGUCUCACCCUGCUCGUGUUUCACCCCACACCACCCCACCCCCAUGUUCCCGUCUCGCUGUGUCCCAUCCUGUCUCGCCGCUGUCUGUCUCUCUGUCUCCCCCUGCCCUCGCCGCCAGAAACCACGCACGUCUAAAGUCUGCGGUGCUCUGGGCUCCUUGGCCGCUGUCCCCCUCUCUCUCCGCGUAUCUUCCCUCCCAUCAUCAGCAACAGCAUCAUCGGCAUCAUCGCAUCUCGUGUCCUCAUCUCGCUGGCCAUCAUCGUCGGCAACAUCAUCAUCAGCAGCAGCAGCAACAUCAUCGCUAUGGUGCCCUCGUCUCGCUCACACAGCAACAGCAUCAAUCGUCAGCAUCAGCAGCAGCAACAACAUCAGCAGCAGCAUCAGCAGUAGCAACAUUAUCAUUCGCACGGCCCUCGUGGCCCCGUCUCGCCACUCCGCGCCCCCCUGGAGAGAGAGAGAGAGAGAGGCGGAGGGGGGGGGUGCAUCACGCACACGUACCACCUCCUCCUCCUCCUGCUUCUCCUCCCGCGGAUACUCGGGGCUUCAUCUGGAGCCACGGGCGGCGCGAGAAGGCGACGCUGUGGAGCUUCUAGGAGCGAGGCGGCGGCGAGGAGACGUUGAGAGGCUAAAUGACCCGACACGAACCCAACCUCGUCAGCUCUCGGAAGCUAAGCGGGGUUUGAUCCUGGAUAGCGCGUGGAUGGGCAAACACCCAAGCGCGGCAGCAGUGAGAGCCGGCGGGCGGAGCGGAGCGGGCGGAGCGUUCGGCGCAGUUCUGCACUCUGCGCGCCCUUCACCCAGCAGCACUGACCAGCGCGGUGAAGUAUGGUCAAAAUACCCACCACGCCCUGCCCCCCACGGCACGGCGUGGGGAGGCGCUACUCAUCCAGCAGCGGAUUGACACACGGGACUCUACAAAAGUACC